ACGGAGAACUGCAAAAAAAUGAUUCUGUGCAGCUAAAAAACAGACAAGCCCAACAUUUUUCCAGAACCAUAAAAUGACACCGAUAUUAGGUUUAAAAAGGAAUACAAAUGAACAAUGGGUCAAUAUGCUGCAAUUACAAUAUGGUUUUUUUUUCUUCCCCUUUCUCUUUUCACAGGCGUGGUGUCAAGUAACAGGUUGUUAUGAAUCCAGAGUGUGUGGGUGUGUAAGGAUGCCAAACCAAACGCUGUUUCCUUACUUUAACCUCACCAUGUUCAUGAACAUCGGGCCAUACCGCUACCCGGCGUUGGCCUCCUUUUUCCUCCUCUACAUUUUCAUCGUGUGCGCCAACUUGGCCAUCGUGCUGACAAUCUGCCGCGAGAAGACCCUUCACGAGCCCAUGUACAUAUUCAUCGCCUGCUUGUCCUUCAAUGCCCUCUACGGCUCCACGGGCUUCUUCCCCCGCUUCCUUAUGGACCUGGCGUCCGACACGCACCUGAUCUCGCGGGCCGCCUGCUUCACGCAGAUCUACUUCAUCUACACGUACGGAAGCAACGAAAUGACCACGCUGUGCGUCAUGGCCUACGAUCGCUACCUGGCCGUGUGCCACCCGUUGCACUACCACAGCAGGAUGACUGUGAAAAAGGCCCUGACCCUGGCCGGCCUGGCCUGGCUCUUACCACUCGUCUUUCUCACCACCGUCAUCUACCUGUCGGCAACGCUGCCCCUGUGCGGCAACGAGAUCCAGAAGGUGUUCUGCGCCAACUGGAAUGUCGUCAAGCUGUCGUGCGUGCCAACGAUGGUCAACAACGUGGUGGGCAUGUUCAUGACCAUCUUUACCGUUUUCAUCCCGUUGGCCUUCGUCCUCUACACGUACACGCGCAUCAUGAACGCCGCCUGGAGACGAUCGGCCAAAUUCAAGGGCAGAGUAUUCCAGAGCUGUUUGCCACACAUGGCCUCCUUUGUCAUUUAUUCCAUCACUGCGUUUUGUGAUAUUGCGCUCAGUAGACAAAGUGUGGAGGAGAUAAACCCCUUCGUUGUCAUCAUGUGAUCUCUCGAGUUUGUGGUUAUUCCGCCGCUUCUCAAUCCGCUGGUGUACGGUAUGAAGCUAUCAUAUAUACGCAGGCACCUCUUCAAGAUGCUGUGAGAUCGUGCCGAAGCAUUACUGUGUUGUACACGUCAAAACAUUUGAAAUACUCAUUUUCCUCUUUAAGGCAGCAAGUUGAAUUGAAUUAGAUACAUAUUGUAUUUUAAAAAAUGAAUUUAUUGACAAUUUUGAAAGCCAUUAUUAAGAGCUUGAUGGUUGUUAUCAAUUCAAAUCAAUGACAUCAUUUUUUUGUCACGCGCAUUUGCAGUAUGCAGAAUGUUUUUGUGACAAUCACAAAGUAAAACGUAAAACACACUCAAUGUGUUGUGUUACAUCAUUUAAUAAAGAAUGCAAUAUCAUUCAAAAUGUGGUGUUCAUGGAUUUCAAUGACAUUCAAGUCAAGUCUCAGGAAAGCCUCAUGAUUCAUGAUUUCCAGACAGUGUCCAUGGCCAAUGAAUCAUUGCUGUUUGGUAAGGACAACUUCAUUCGCAACCUUCACACAGUCCAAAGCCU